AUGUACAAGGAAAAUAUAAACAUGAACAAUGGGCAGGAUUGGAAUAAAUUACCUUCACAGUCAAGGUAUAAUGAUCUGAGUGGGUGUACAAAUUGUUGCGAGUCCUCUGUUGAUGGAGAUUCUGUUAGGAUCGUAGAAGAUAGUUUAGGAAGUGAAUUAAAACAGUAUCAGGGCAUAGAGGGUGUUGCCCAUGAGAUUGUAGGAGCCUAUUGCUAUGCCUGCAAAAUGAAGGAGGGCACGAAACUAAAUAACGAAUGGUGUUAUUGGUUUUAUUAUUGGUUAGGGAGUAUGGCGCUUCAAGAAUCGGGCGAAAUUUUCCUUUCAAAAUUCCUGAGUGAAGUUUACGAAGCAUUGGAGAAGUUGGAAGUUGAACACAAGUGUGAAAAGAUAGGUGAACUUAUUGACCAAGGCACUUUUAACCAAAUGAGGACAUUAUAUGAGUACUAUAAGGAUUAUGACGCUAUACAAGUGCAGUUAUCCGGCAGUAGAAACCGUUGUAAUGAAGAAUAUGAACAACACCUGAAGGCUAUUCUUAAAGCUUAUGAGGGUGCGAAGGCAAAAUGUGCCGCAGGAAUUUAUGGUAAAUACUGUAAUGGCUUUCCAGACAUGUUUACUAACGGCCAAUAUAAGAAUCUAUUAGAUAGACCAUGUGAGGUAGUGACUGUUCCAGAGUCCAUGGAACAACUUUCUGCACCCAGUACAGCAAGUAUAGCACUUUCUACUGCUGUCUCUUCUGUAUUUGGCACAUUAGGAAUAGGAUUACCAACAAUGGCCUUCCUUCUCUACAAAUAUAAUCUUUUACCUGAUUGGAUAAAUAACUACUUUCCAAACAGUAAUAGAAGUAGAAGAAAAAGGAGGUCAAUAGGACGGAACUCCGGCACAAGAAUUGAAAAUUUUACUGAAUACUCCACGGAGAACAAUUCAACAAUAGGUCCAACAGAAUAUUCCACACAGGGUUCAACGGCAGAUUCUAGUGAUGCAUAUACCAUAUAUGACGAGCCACUCAGAAGGACAAAUAAUACAACCGACCGUCGGAAGAAUAUAGGUUACCAGAAUAUGUAA